GGUUAUAUUUGUGGAUCAACAUAUUCAACGAAUUCAAAAUAUUCUAUUCGUCUUUUAAAACAAGUUGAACCAAAACAAAAAAUUUCUUAUUCAAUAACAAAAGAUGUUCAGAUAUAUGUUGGUGAAUUAAUACGUGAAUUUUUUCAACAUAAUUUACGUUUACCAAAUAAACUUGUUUUCUAUCAAGUUGAUCUUGGUAAUGGAUCAUUUCAAACAGUACUUGAUCAUGAAUUAAAAGCUAUUGAAGGAGCAUUUCAAGAAUUAUAUGGUCGUAAUCAAGUUCCUCGCAUUUGUUUUAUUCUCGUUAAACGACAUCAUAAUACACAUUUUUUUACUUGGGAUAAAAUAUCAAAUCAAGCAAAAAAUAUUCCGCCAGGAACAGUUAUUGAUACAGAUAUUGUUUCACCAAAUGGUCUUAAUUUUUAA